AUGCUCGAAUCGAACCUUAACCUAAUGGGUAAGGGAAUACGCCUACUUCUCAAAAAAAGGUACUGUGGCUGGUUAUCAAGGGCAAGGUCUAGCUUUUGUUUCAGUUUGACAGAAGGACUUCGUUGCACGAGCCAUGAUCCUUUAAUUAUCAAGCACCCAUCACCUUAUUUACUAACAUCCGAUGCAAUCCAAUGCAGCUCAAUACAUUUAUUUUGGUUCCGGGCACGACUCGACGUAAACCAGUUAUAUGCAAGCUUUAUAUUUUUAUUUUUCCAUUUUCCUCUUUCAUUUCCAUGCACUUCACCAAUUUCCUUCUGGGCAGCGCCGUUAGUUCCAGCUAAGCAGCUGCUGGAUGACAGCCUUCCACCACCGUACUUUUUCCUAAGUUCCGUAUAG